AGCUGUGAUAAUACCCAUAUCUUGUAAGGAAUCUGUGAAGCAAUACGGUGUUCUGUGUUCAUUCAUAUUAGUAUUAAUUUUCUGAAUAAGGACUAAACAUGUUGACGAUGUGGCGUUAUUUAUUGCUUACUUUGUUCGGGUUUUCGUUUGAAAGCAGCGACGCUUGCUGUUCACCAAAACAGUGGAGUGCUUCUAUAAUUGACACAGUUGGGGAAUACAAUCAGGGUACAGACAGCGCAUCGCUUGCCUAUGUGUUGCGGAAAUAUUAUUAUGACGGCGCCACAGACAGUAUUGCCUAUUUCGAAGAAUCGUCGAACACAACGUUUCACGCAAAGACAUCAACACACGUGAUAACCAACUAUCAGCAGGGUCGGAGGUAUAUAGUUCUAGAUAACAACUGCACCGUUGACGUCAUUAAAACGCAAAUGCCGUCUGCAUGUAUACCAGACAACGCCACCCAUUUAGGACGACACAACUACCCGGCUGGUGUCCAAGUCGACAUGUGGUUCUGGGAAGGCAAGGGUGAAGAAGGAGGACGUAGACUUGGCGUAACCGUAGACACGUGCUUGCCAUUGACGGAGGCGCUUCUGUCAACAAGGUCGGGGCGAGACUUUAUUCUGCGUACAAGUUCCUACCAAAACGUCACAGUGGGGAUUUCGGAUCCGACUGCAUUCACUAUACCAACUUUCUGCAAAACAGAUGCAUAACAACACAUGCUUAAUGGUGUCCGUUAUGUUUCUCCGACGUGCCUUCAAGAUAAAACAGAAGUACGAUGUUUGGAGCUAUUUUCUGUGAACUGCAUUUUUACAACUUUCGAAUGGCUUUUUUGGCAUAUGUGAUCAACACUAAUCGAUUUUUUCUUACUUAUUUAUACUCAAUUUAAAGUAUUUCUGGGGAAGAGUUGUUUGUAAUAUUUCUCAAUAAUCAUAUACCAUUCUGAAUAUUAUCAUUCUACUACAUUGCGUUUUUGUAUCAGUUAAAUGACUUUUCCAUUAUGUACGUUUAAUUAUGAAAUAUUUAAAACAUGUUUUAUGAUAAUAAAACUGCGCUGUCCGUA